GAGUUACGUUGUCAGUAAACCCGAUAAAGUAAAUUCACGUCUUCCUCCGUGGGUGGCUUUGUUCGUGAAUAAUAGGUUUUCCAUCGUCGUGAGGCUAAGCUAGCACGUUCAUUGAAAAUGUUGCGUUUGGGUGCCAUUUUGUCGUGCAGCUUUAUGUUUGAUAUUGUAAUGUGAUGCUUCCGGAUUUGGGACAAAUCGGUGCUAUCGAUGUAAAUGCUCGUAACCAUUGUGACUUGGUGAGCACGUCGACGAACGAAGUGCAAGCUGUAUUCUUGCGAUGGUGUGCUAGCGAACGUUAGCACUCAUCGCCGUCACUGGUUCUCAAGUAAAAUGGCGUCGCCUUUUAAACCUGCCCAAAUGAGAUUGUGGAGAGCUUCUAGACGAACUUUCGAAUAACAAUUUCAAUUAUCCAACAGAUAAACUUGUUAGUUGUAUUAAUCCCUAUUACGCGAUUUAGCCAUUGUGUUUGGAGGCGCCUGGUGCUCGGUUGCUGAUCACAAUAUUUCUGGCGCAUAUAUGGUCUGGACGAUUACCCUUUUGUAUUGACAUCAUCUACUCAUUCCUGCAGCCGAAUUCACGAGCUACUUCACAGCAGCCAUUGCGGCUUUGAUAGGCAGAGAUCGUAGGCGACAAGAGAUCGCUGCUCCUAAAACGGUGUCCCUGGUUCGAAAAUGAAGAUGGCACCCCCUUUGCGGCACCGUUCCUUGCGUGUUUUUUUGCAUGACGACCGUCAUGUCAUGGCAAAACAUUCUGCCAUCUAUCCUUCUCAGGAAGAACUAGAGAAUGUGCAAAACAUGGUGUCCCACACCGAACGAGCCCUGAAGGCAGUCUCAGACUGGUUGGAUAAACAAGAGAAGUGUGACGGGAAUGGUAGAGAUGUUGAUAAAGAGAGUGAGCACAAAGAACAAGUCACACGUACCCUUCGUGGCGUGAUGAGGGUGGGCUUGGUGGCCAAGGGCCUUCUCCUGAAGGGAGAUCUGGACCUUGAGCUGGUGCUCCUCUGUAAGGACAAACCAACCAUCACUUUGUUAAAGAAGGUGGCUGACAACUUGAUUACACAGCUUAAGGUUGUCACAGAAGAACAGUAUGUUGUGACUCAACACAUCCAAGAGGCCUGUAUUAUGAUCAAGAACACAAAGGAGCCCCCUCUCACCCUCACCAUUCACCUGACAUCCCCUUUGGUCCGUGAGGAGAUGGAGAAGGCUGCUGCUGGUGAAACGCUAUCAGUCAACGAUCCCCCGGAUGCACUGGACAGGCAGAAAUGCAUAACUGCCUUGGCGUCUCUUCGCCACGCUAAGUGGUUCCAGGCCAGGGCUAAUGGGCUGCGCUCCUGUGUUAUUGUCAUUCGUGUUCUCAGAGACCUGUGCGCCCGCAUCCCCACAUGGACUCCACUCGGUGGCUGGCCAUUGGAACUGAUCUGUGAGAAAGCCAUUGGGACAGGAAACAGGCCCAUGAUGGCAGGAGAAGCUCUGCGCAGAGUCUUAGAAUGCCUGGCUUCAGGAAUCCUGAUGCCAGAUGAAGCUGGAAUUGCUGAUCCAUGUGAAAAGGAACCCACUGAUGCUAUAUUUCAUUUGGACUACCAGCAGAGAGAAGACAUCACAUUAAGUGCACAGCAUGCCUUAAGACUAUCAGCCUUUGGACAGCUACACAAAGUGCUUGGAAUGGAUCCACUUCCCUCUAAGAUACCUAAAAAAUCCCCUGGACCUCCAAUUGAUUAUAUAGUGCAAAUCCCACCAAGCACAGCAUAUGCCCCACCAAUGAAACGGCCCAUUGAAGAAGAGGAGGGAAUUGAAGACAAAAGUCCCAAUAAGAAGAAGAAAAAAUUGCAGAAGAAAUCUGCAGAGGAUAAGUCUGAUCCUCCUCAGGCUAUGAAUGCUUUGAUGCGACUCAACCAGCUGAAGCCAGGUCUCCAUUACAAGCUGAUAUCACAGACUGGCCCGGUUCAUGUUCCCGUAUUCACUAUGGCUGUAGAAGUUGAUGGCAAGACGUUUGAGGCUUCCGGACCAUCCAAACGGACUGCCAAGUUACAUGUUGCUGUCAAAGCGCUGCAAGAUAUGGGUUUAUCCACUGGAGUGGAAGUCAAAACUCCAGAGCCUGUAAAAGCUGAAGAAACCACAGUACCGGUUAUUGUGGAAGAUGUGAAGCCAGUAGUAACGGCCACUGAAGUUGCUCCUGUUCCUACAGGAACAACCAGCGUAGAUACCACUGAUCCUGCGGAGACCACCCGCCAACAAGGACCAAUCUUGACCAAACAUGGCAAGAACCCAGUGAUGGAGCUGAACGAGAAGCGCCGUGGCCUGAAAUAUGAACUCAUCUCAGAGACUGGCGGCAGCCAUGACAAGCGCUUCGUCAUGGAGGUCGAGAUUGAUGGGCAAAAGUUCCAGGGGACCGGAUCCAACAAAAAAGUGGCCAAAGCUUAUGCAGCGCUGGCAGCGUUGGAUGAGCUAUUCCCCGAGGGUUCCGUGACUGAAGUGUCUAAAAAGAAAAAGGGUCCGCCAACGAACAAUGAAGGCUAUGGCGUGAUGGGACCUCCUGGGGAUUCUGCUAUACCCAGAGGUAGAGGGAGAGGAGGACGAGGUCGUGGAAGGGGAAGGGGUUUCAAUAACGGAGGGGGCUGUGGCCCAGGAGGCUUUGGCACAUAUGGCUAUGGCAGCAACUCAAUGUCUGGAUACAAUUACUACAACAAUGGUGGUGCAAAUGGAGGAAGUGGGCCGUCAAGUGGCCAUUCAGGUGGUACUUCGGCCAACACAUCACAGGGCUCAGGACAAAGCUCCUAUGGCUCAUACUAUGAGAGUGAUGGAGCCUACAAUACCACGGCUGCUGCUAAAUUCCACAAAAAGAAACCCCCUACAAGGGGUGGGAAGUCAUCUUUUCAGUUUCCGUUGGGUGCGAAUAGUGGAUCUACGGGGAGCUACCAAGCCAGCAAUACUUCCGGACAGGGAAACUAUAACCAAUAUGGCCAAGGCUACGGUCAGGCAAAGAAGAAUUUUAAUCAGGGAGCUUCAAGUGGAUACUCUUACAGCACCGCCUACCCGACCCAGGUGACUGGUGGGAGUGGAGGAAACCAGGACUACAAUUAUGAUGGUUUCACCAACCAGUCCAAUUACAACUCGCAGGGUGCUGGAGAAAACCAGGGUUUCAACACAAGCCACACUCAGUACCACAAUCCUGGAAGCUACAGCAAGGGAAAUUCCAGCGGAAGCUAUCAGUACAGAUAAACUGAGUUUCUUGUGUGAACCACCAUUUCUCCAACUCUCCCUGAUCUUUUUCUCAAGUUUUUCCGCAGAGUGUGAUUGGCUUACUUGUGCUUUGACUUCCUCCAUGUUUGUCAUGUGCAUAUUUGGUUCUGUGUUGCCCACGUUCAGGCUGUGUGGUUCUUUGGUAGUCAAAGAUUUUAUAAUCUCAAGUGUGUGUCUUUUCAGUGUUUUUUUCUUUCUGGGUAACCAUAAAACCACUAAGUUAAAAAAAAUGAUACAGGUCUCACACGCGUGGCUUAGACUUCGCUUUUAAGUUGCAAGAUAAGGCUGCUUGUAACUAAGCUUGUAGAUAUGAGCUUUGGUUUUAUUUUUGCCUUAUUUUAUUUUACUUAUAUUUUAGUAGGAGAUUGCUGUAAAAAAUACACUUGGAUGCUUGAAGUAGCAUUUGAUUUUGUGGAUAUUUUUCUUGUCAAUAUGUGUGACCUUGUCUUUGUAAUGAUAAAUGGUUUAUUUAGAA